AUGAAGCAAAUUUUCUUGCUCUCAUUUCUAGUACUUUCCUCCAUAUUUUCAAUCACCAGUUUAGCCCAAUCACCAGCUGCAGCACCAAUAGCACCAGCAAAACCAUCCCCUACAAAACCAGCACCUUCAACACCUGCUCCAGCACCUGCAAAACCAUUAGUCCCAGCAUUACCACAAUCCCCUACAACGAAUCCCGAUUCUUCAGGAAACCAAGACAUUAUCAAGAUUCUAAGAAAAGCCAAAUCAUUCAACACGCUAAUCCGUUUACUCAAAACAACACAGAUCAUCAACCAAGUCAAUGCACAGCUAGUAACAACAAAAAACGGAGGCCUAACAAUUCUUGCACCGGAUGACGGUGCAUUUUCACAGCUCAAAGCAGGUUACUUCAAUUCCUUGGGAGAGAGGCAACAGAAAGAACUGAUUCAGUAUCACGUUCUUCCUGUUUAUGUAUCAAGCUCAAAUUUCGAUUCUCUCAGCAACCCCGUGUUGACACUCGCUAGCGAUAGUCCACAAGGGUUUCAGAUUAAUGUGACAGCUUAUGGUAACAGUGUGAAUAUUUCAACCGGUGUUCUUGAUGCAACCAUCACUGGAAUUGUGUAUACUGAUAAAACACUUGCUAUAUAUCAUGUUGAUAAGGUUCUUAUUCCUUUGGAUUUUGUUAAGCCUAAAGCUAUAGCUCCUGCACCAGCUCUUGCUAAGGCACCUAAAGCUGAUAAAGAGAAUUCAUCUGCAGAUGAUGAUGAUCAGACUCAGGGAACAAAGGAUAGUUCUGAUUCCAUUAGUUUGAUUCACAUGCAUGGUGUAUCAGUGUUGGUUUCCAUUGGAGUUUCACUUCUUGCAGCUGAAGUAACUACUAUGUUGUGA